CUCGACGGGGUUAUGGUUAUGCGUGGAUGCUGAUUCCAGCGUGGGUUUAGAUUGGUUUUUUUUUGUUAUGAGAUAUGGUGAUGAUUAGAAUGCAAUAAACAAUAUUCCAAUCACCUCACCAUGUCGCGCCCUUUUCCCUACGCUUUCAUCUCCUGUCCCUGCGCCAACACCCCCGUUCCGGACCCGGCCAAGAAGCGGAGAUCGAGAGACUCGCCGCAGAAAUCCAACCCGGACAAACCCAAGAAGCCUCUCCUGCUCCCGGACGACGAUGAAGAUGAACAGACCUUCGACCCUCGGUCUCCGCGCGCCAAUUUCUCCCUAUACCCCCCGGAACAGCUGCUCUACUGCGAGGACUGCCAUCAGAUCAAAUGUCCGCGAUGCAUAACGGAGGAGAUUGUGUGCUGGUAUUGUCCGAACUGUCUGUUCGAGACGCCCAGUAGCAUGGUUCGGAGUGAGGGGAAUCGAUGCGCUCGCAAUUGCUUCAAUUGCCCGAUCUGCACCGCUCCCUUGGCAGUCAACACCCUCGAAAACGUCGUGACCGGCGGCACCAGCCAACAAGGCCCCUGGGUGCUGUCGUGCGGAUACUGCAUGUGGUCGACCCUGGAUAUCGGCAUCAAGUUCGACAAGCCCACCAACAUUCGCACCCAACUGUCCAAGAUGACCGACGCCACGCCCUCUCGCUCGAGACAGAUGUCCCGGACGUUCGGGGACCUCAAAUCCCCUCUCUCCACCUACUCUUCCAUCGACGAGGCAUUCCUACCGCCGGGAGAGAGCAAGCCCGACGACCCCCUGGACCAGCCCAGCGCCCCCCUCAACCCCGACGCCCGAUUCAACGCCCUCAAGAACUUCUACAAGAACCAAAUCUCCGCGACAUCUUCCUCACCCACCGACCCCCUGGGCAUGGACUUUGGAGCCGGAUUCUCCUCCCCCGGGGCCCUCAACCGCAUCAUGUCCCUCUACACCUCAUCCUCCCGACUCAGCAGCCUCUACGGCGGCGCCAACAAGAAGCCCAAAACCAAACCGCCCGUCAUGCGCGAAGCCCUCACCCCCGGCGAAGGCCUCAAGGUCCCCUCCUCGGACGCAGAAGACGCACUGAUCCACCGCAUGGCGUCCCCAGACUGCGGCUGGGACGGACUGGCAUCCCUGGAACAACGGGCCUUUCAAUCCCCGGACGCCCGGUUCGUAGACGACCUCCUCCCGCUCCCUGUCCUACUUCGCACGAAACGGUCCAAACGAUGCAAGUCGUGCAAGCACAUCCUCGUCAAACCGGAACUGAAGCCGCAGUCCACGCGGUUCCGCAUCCGCCUCAUCGCCCUCAGCUACAUUCCCCUGCCGACGUUACGGCCGCUGAACCCGGGCCCCCAACCCGCUGUGACCGUUCCACCGACCCCCACGGUACCAGGUUCCACGACGAACCCGAACCUAGACGCCCUGUCCCCGCUGCGACCCAUCCAGCUGCUCCUCACCCUCAAGAAUCACAUGUUCGAUCCCGUCCGCGUCACCCUCGCCACGCCCUCCGUCACCCCCGGUCGCGUGGCCUCCAAAGUGACAAUCCUCUGUCCCCAGUUCGACAUUGGCGCCAACAGCGACGUAUGGGACGAAGCGCUCCAGGGCGCGUCAGCAACCAACACCAACACCACCACCAACACCGCGACCCCUGCCACCGCCACCACCAGUACCUCCGACCCGCGAGGUUCCCGAUCCGGCGGCCUCGGGGUCUACGAGAAAGUCGCAGAAGCCGGCAAAGUGUGGGACAAGGGACGGAACUGGACGACGGUGGUCUUGGAAGUCGUACCGGGGACCUUACCGGGGGGGAUCAAACGGAACCCGAAGAAAUAUCCCGCCAAUGAACUAGAAGACACCACCAAAACCAACAACAACAACGACGACGACGAAGAGAACUCCAACUCCGACAGUGACAGUGACAGCAGCGUAGCCCUAGACUGGAGCGGCCAAACCUCCGAUCCGAACCAACAACUCCAGCCGGAUGAAGACGUCCUGGAGAUCCCGGUCUUCGUGCAUAUGGAAUGGGACUCGGAUAAUCAGAUUGAUCAGGAACAGGGCGUGGGACGGGGAUCGAGUUCCGAUACGGUGAAGAGGGAAUUGGCGUAUUGGAUGGUCUUGGGGGUGGGGAGGAUUCUGAGAGAGGUGGUGUAGUUGUGAUGUUGUUUUUGUUGGGUUGUGUAGAUUGGAUAGUGAUACCUUCUUUCUUAUUUUACUUCCUUGUUUUACUUGAAAG